AUGGAGAAACAUCGCCGCAGAUCCUCUUUCUCACAAGAGGUAUUUGUCGUUGGCCCAUAUAGACUACUCGACGGUCAUACGGAGUACAUAACCCCUCACAACCCCCCGAAGUGCGACAAAAUUCUCGACUACGAUCUAUCCAGACGCCGACUUCUCCUCCUCCCCCAACUCUCGUCGUCGCUUCCUUCUAUUCACCUUCGAGAACCAGCGUCAAGUGGGGGCUGUUGGGAAAUUGCCCUUCAUAGUCGGAUAUUGCUCGUGGCAAGUGACUUAGACCGAAGCUACCAAGCACCGGACAGCGCAAACUCCACGCCAAGCAGCGAUCACUCCCGGCAGCGUGAGAGACAGCACAGCACCUCUGUACAACCGAACCUCAACCUCCUCAACGGCCAACACAAACUUCAUACUCCGUACUGUCAGUUUCAAAUCACCGCCUCGCUUCCACGAAAUCUGUGCGCGUCUGAAGAGAUAUGGCCUCUUCGUAAGGGCGUGCCUCCUGCAACAAGCCCGACACUCGAAUCCCGUUCAACCACAACAACAUCUACGACCCAACGACAUCAGCGGCACUCUUGGUCCCCUUUCACCAAACACGAUAUCAAAGCGAGAGGUCCAUAG